AUGAAGUCGUCGCCUUCUCGCUCGAUGCGGCGACGCGCGAGCGCCCGUACUGCGCGUCGCAGCGGACCGGCCGACCUGCCCAUUGCUUCUUCGUCUGCGCCGUCUCUUGCUGCAUCGAACGCGCCUUCUCUCGUGUCCGAGAGGUCGCUAGAAGUGACGUUCUGCGCCGUCCAGCGCGUCAACGGCCGCUCGUAUCUGCUCUUGUGCACACGCGCCGCCGCUUGGCGCCUCUACCGACUCGACGGCUUCAGCGCCGCACGUGAGAGCUGUACACCGAUUGAACUGCUUACAGACCCUGCAAAGGACACAGCGAAGCUGUCGGACGUGCGGUUCUUUUGUCUGUACGCGAUCCCGACCACUGUGGACGCGCUGGGCGCUCUGUUUGUGCUGGAACGGAGCUCAAGGAGCAAUAACGGCGGCGAUUAUGAGCAGGAGGAGGAGGAGGAAGAGGAGGACUUUGUAUCGAGCAUUGGACGUGACGCCUAUGUCGAAGAGCUAGAGGGACACAGUGACAUUGGAGAGGACGACGGACAAGAAGAGAUUGUGGUGCUGGCGCUGGACGAGCAGCAGGUGCUGCACAAGCUGCCGCGCUCGCCGUCACUGGUCGUGGACGUGCAGACGAACGCCGUGAUGGCCGCUGUGCUGUGUGAGACGUGUGAACUGUUUGUCUACGACUUGGCUACAUUUGAGCUGCAGCAGGUGAUUUGUACGGCAUCGCCGGCCAUGGCCCUCGGCUCACGAUGGCUGGCGUACCCGGGCUUUGUGCAAAGCAAUGAGACGAAUCACAGCGCUGGUCGACGACACGCGGUGUCGGACAUUGGCGACAGUGACUCGGACUUUGAUGACAUGCCGAUUGAAGCGCUAGUGAACAGUCGCUUGUCUGCUGCCGAGGCUCGCGAUGCGCCAGCUUACACGGCUAUUGACGUGGCACAGAACGUAGCAUCGGGACUGUACUACUUGUCGGAAGUCGGCCGUGCUACCAUUGCGCCAUAUUUGUCGUCUUCACCUGGCAAGACAUCGAGCUUGACACACGAGCAUCGCACGGAGAAGUUACCGUCCCGUCGCCGGCAUUCUGGCGAGUCACGAAAGUCGUCUUGUAAUGGCUCAACAGGUAGCAAUUGUCGCACAGGACAAGGUGGCGAUGAGGUAGCGGCCCCGCCGUCGAAGAAACGACCAGGAUGGGUGGUGGUGCUCGAUCUGGUGACGAAGCGCGUGAUGGCCAACUUUUCCUGUCACUCUAAUGCGCUGGUCAAUCUUUCGUUGGAUGCUUCUGGGCUUCUUCUCGCGACGAGCUCGUACAAAGGCCAGAACCUCCAUGUAUACCGCUUGUCACCACCGUUGCAAAGCAUAGGAAACAAGUCGGCGGCAGGAGGCGAUGGGCACGGAACACUUCACCAUCAGUUGGUGUACAAGUUGCAGCGUGGAAUUACCCACGCUAGCAUCCAAGACAUUGCGUUCAGUCAGGAUGGGAAGUGGAUCAAUGUGACAUCAGCACACGGCACGAGCCAUCUGUACGCGCUUCAUCCUGAAGGAGCGCGCAUCAGUGCUGAUACGCAUGCAAACACGAUUGGCCGCAACGAUGAAUCGGACACGGAUGCGUCGACCACUGGCUUUUGUCGACGCGAAGUCAGCGACUUUUAUGCCGACUUUCGUACGCUUGAGACGCGGACGCAGACCCAGGUACUUCGAAUCCGUCAUGAGCUCAAGAUUCCUGACGUAUCGACCGUGCCGCCCCACAAGUCGGCACUGCCAGCUUCUUCCACAUCUCGUCCAACGCGUUUGUCGCGUUGGUCGUCGUCUUCGUCGAUGUCUUCGACGUCUUCGUCGUCGUCUCCUCCAGGUUUCGCAUCCAACAGCUCAUCUGUCACGACACGCAGUAGCACGCUGAUGGAAUCAGCUUUGGAUGCAUCACAGGCACUGCUGUCCCACCUCGCCACAUCCGCCAUAGAUUUCGGCCAUCAACACUUUGAAAACGACAUGGGUGUGUCUUCCCGCCGUCGGCGACUACGUCGGCGUCUGUGCAGCGUGUUUGCCCCGGAUGGACUCAAGAUACUGAUUUGCUGCGAUUCGGUCCUCAAGCUGUAUGACAUGCGAGUGACGGCGCUUUCCAAGCACAAGGCAGACCGAGCUCGUGCGACGCCAGCGGAUUCCAAGACGAAGAACUCCAAGUCAUCGCUGUCAUCGUUCGGCUUUGAAGCCAGUGUGACUGAGCUCAAGUCGUGGGCGCUCUUUGCGUCAGGACGACGAAAGACAGAGCCGCUUUCGUCCGUCGUGAACAGUCAAAGCAGAUUGAGAUUGAGCAGCAGUAGCGUGAACGGAGACGCUAGCGUCAGGAGUGAACUGCGGACAUGUGCCCAACGAUCGCUACCGCUGUGGGCGCACCCGAAAGUAACGUUCAAAGCAAUUGACGAAGACCAUCCGGACGGCCAAAUUCUAGAGGUAAAGCGCAAGGGGCCAAACCCGAGUCAUGAUCUCAGUGCUAGCACGAUGUCGACGACCCUCGAGGGCUAUGCCAAUGGCGACGAGCAAUUGUUCGUGAUGGAGAUGGACUCGUACUUUGGCAUCGGUGGCUCGCCGGUAUUCGACGGCCGUAGUGGACAUCGCCCUGUGACGCCAGAGAUUCCUCCACCAUUAGACUUGUCCACGAGCAUUGAUAUGGCCAUGUCAUCUUCGUUGUCCGAGACGCCGGCCAAGCCGGUUCCAGAGGUGAAAAACACGAUUUGCUUUCGUCCGGUCGAUGAGCAUCUCGUGGACGGUGCGAGCUCGACGCGGAAGCGAGAAAAGAAGAAAGGCAAGAACCGUCGGAUACUGACACCAGUGCCAUGCUCGGAAGCUGAGACCGAGAUCGUUGGAGAUGGCUGCACUACUGCGGGACUGACCUCACUGCAGUUUACGAUGCAGGACAUGUACUUUGCGGUGCCGAGUGACGAAGGCAGCGGUUGA